UUAAAUACAAUAUUAACAUAAGAGCUGACGGGCUGUUUUUUCUGGGGGUCCGAUACUGAAUAAAGGAGAGACGCAGACCUGAACUGGAACUUGGCUUCAUAAAAAAGAAAAGAGAGAAUAGCAAAAACUUCAUCAUGGAUGGGAUGAGUACAAUUACUAUCAUCGCGGUUGCGAUGUUUGUCGGAUGUCUUAUUUUCGGAUUCAUCCCACUGUGGAUCCCACUUUCAGAGGUAAAGCUGAAGUUUGUGACCCUCCUGGGGGCAGGACUCCUGUGCGGGACAGCACUGGCUCUCAUCAUCCCUGAGGGAGUGCAUAUGAUGGAGGAGUCCUGGCGAGCCUCGUCCUGCUCUGCAGCACCAGCCAGUUCAAACGCCAGUGCACGUCACAGUCCAAACGCCAGUGCACGUCACAGUCCAAACGUCAGUGAGGUGCAGGAGACCCCCUCAGAGACCAGCUACCCUCCUCGUGUCUGCAUUGGCGUUGCCUUAGUUGUCGGGUUCACCUUCAUGUUUGUGGUGGAUCAGAUAGGAACUUACCUUUCGAUGCGCUUGUCACGUACUGAUUUGCCUCACAGCACCAGCAUCACAACAACUCUUGGGCUACAGUUUCAUUCUGCAGCUGAUGGCAUUGCUCUGGGUGCAGCUAUGGCCACUCCUGAAAAGACAGCACAUGUCAUGGUAUUUUUUGCUGUAAUUCUGCACAAGGCACCUACAGCUUUUGGUUUGGUCUCCUUUUUGAUGCAUGCAGGCCUGGGGAGGAAGUGCAUACAAGUACAUUUGCUGUGCUUUUCAGCUGUUGCACCUCUAUUUGCCAUAUGCACGUACGUCAUAUUGCACAUGGGUGAAGCAUCCGGGUUAGGAUUUAGUUUAACAGGACUGGGAAUGCUCUUCUCUGCUGGGACUUUCCUCUAUGUGGCCACAGUGCAUGUUCUCCCUCAGGUCAGCAGCAAGGGGCAGCAGCAGCCCCCUCCACCUUUCCAGGAACACAGUGGAGCUGAGGUGCAGCAGCACAAGCACCUGGGCUUCCUGGAGAGUCUCACUUUUGUUCUGGGGGCGGGACUCCCUCUGCUGGGUCUGGCGCUCAUAGAUGACUGAGAACAUGCUAGAGCAGUGCAGUGGGCAGGGCAUGAUGCUGCACCUCGAGGGCAAACUGUGAACACAUGCUCAGUCCACACAGUGCUGUAUGAAACUAGGGUAAAGGGUAAAGUACACAGGUGAGCAUGAUUUUAUACCAUAGAAGACAAGACUGGUAAGAGUGUGCUUGGAGUGCAACUUUCAUUUCCUGGAGUGAUCAUAUGUCUCUGGAACUUCCCUUAGAGCCCAGAUAUAGUGAGCAUCUUUUGUCCUUGGUGUGUUGAGUUACCACUCAAAUAAAAGGGCUUCAUUUGCUGCCAAAAGUGAAUUCAAUAAACUGGCUCCGUUACCUUUUAUCAGGGAACUGAAAAAAAUGAGGACAUGGAGUUUUCAGUUGCCAAAGUUCAUCUAAAUAACCGGAUAGAUUUACAGAGGUACAAUAGAAUAAUCAGAUAUGGUCUGUGUCUGUUUUAGAACAACAUCAGAUCUAGGACACAUAUUUUUAAAAUAUUUUUAAGCUCCUGUGUAUAUCCUGCUGGAAAGCAGAUCUCUAUUUAAUAUGUGCAUAUAUUCCCCCACACUUUGAUUAAUGGCAGCCAAUCAGUCUGCAAUGUAUAAAACACAAAUCUGGUAAUCCAGUGGAUCUAACAUAAUUGUUUUUUGCACUAACUGGCAUGUUAGAGGAUAACACGUCAUGAAUCUCAUUUGAGGACUCUUUGUUUUUCUCUUGCAGUGCAUUCCGUAGUGUAUUCUGUAUUUAUCAUACAAUAAAAUGCCUUCUUGAGUCAUGUGAUGGCUAAUACAACCAGUUAAUGU